AUGGCCACUAUGCCGGGCAUGAAUUUGGGAGACGACGAGCAUUUGGCCAAAGUGGGCAGUGUCACGCAGAGGUCUUUGCUGGCAGCAUGGCUGCGGUGCAAGGACGUGAAAGCGAAGCGGCCAGGUGCAGUUGCGAAAGGCGAGGCGUCGGCAGAAGACGCUGUCCUGGAUAGCUGUUUGAGUCAAAAGGCCUUGACCUGUUCUGCGCAGUCCGUUGCUGCGCUUUCUUCUGGAAGACCGACAAGUGCUCACAUGGUGCGCGGUUUGCUGCUUCAGGCAGGCUCCGCAGUGCAACAGUUGGGCGGAUGGUUGUGUGGCCACCUGUUCUCGAGGAUCCAGACGCUAUGCAGUGCUGGUGGAUGCAAGGAGAGGGCCGUGGCUUUUGUUCAUGCCUUUCGUUACGACGAAACCCCGCACGCAGUGCGUAUCUCUUCAACCAACGAGGGCCAGCUGCUGCUGCAACGCCCUCGAGGUUCCUCCCAAGAGUCAUACACGGAAGCUUGGCUGCGCGAUGUGGGCAUAGACCGCAGCAUGAAGGACCUCGUGCAAGCGGCCACCCAUGCAAAGGUGGUCCAAGUGGAGCACCGAAUGGCCUGCCUGAUGCAGGAUUCCCGUGGCAAGUUCGCUUGGGUUAGCACCGAUGUGCCAGCCGGACUAUGUGCAGUGGAUCGCACAACGGGCGAGAACAUGCGUGCGGUUCUUUGGGACCAUAUUCAGAUCGUGCCGGAAGUUCAAAGAUUAUGGGCACCAUUUGGUUUGCGGAUCAGACUAUCUACAGCAGACCGUGCGGGAUCUAACAAUCGCGCUGAAGUGGGUUUGCAAGAGCCUGAAUACAUGGAGCAUUUCGUUCGGGGCAGUUUUGCGUGUGACACUCACAAGACUGCGAAUGCAAUGAAAGCGUGUCUUCGCUUGGCAGAUCCCGACAUGAGUGGAGUGCUGAAUUUGGGCCUUGUGUCGGCCGAAGCUGGUGCCCUUCGCACAAUGCGUGCGAUACUGAUCGACAUAUUCCGGACGGAUCUGCAGAUUCGUUACCGUGCAGCGCCACAGGGUGCAAUCGCCCGGCACCGCAAAAGUGUCCUUGAUACUUUUGUGCGAGUCAAGGGCGUCUCGCUCACCAUGCAGAGGCGCAACUUGAAGCGGCAAUACAUACUACAGCAUUUCUUGAAUGACGAUUGGAAUGACAGCGCCGGCCUUGUGCACAACUGCAAUGGAUGCUGCGUAGACGAAGGCGAAACCCGGCAAGCCUGCAGCAUGUUUCUUUCCUGGGCUCUGAUGCCGACAGUGUGUCCACUCUACUCCCGGAAGAGCUGGACAAGGUCGGACGAGUCUGUAGACUACGCGGGCUUGUUGGCGUCCUGCCACGGACUCCUGCGCAAGAUCUACUUGCGCUACACCGGCAAUCCUGCAGAGGCUCCUUCGCCGCCACCUGCCCAGAACCCGGAGCAAGGCAACCAAGCUGCUGCUGAUCCCUGGUUGGCUUUGCUUCGAGCAGAUGCAAGAGAAGCAGCGGCGCCCGCUUCUUCUGCCGACCCAGACAUCCAGGACUGUCUUCUUGAGGCAGGCGUUCCAGAAGGCGCAGCUGCGGAUGCGGAGCGGCCGGAGUCAAACUCCGAAGAGGCGUGGCAGCAGUUCAAGAGGCAGAAAAGGAAGCUGGUUUCCAACUGGGUGUGCAGCCGGCCAGCCGGACGACUUGCUGUGCUGAGUCGAUGCAUCCGUCCAAUGCUCGCUUACCUUGCCAACAUCCUGAAAUGCAGUGGCCGCCAAUGGGACAAGCAGCAACAGCACGCCGCAGCAGUGUCUGGCGAGAUGCGGUCUUAUCCCAUAUUGGAGGCGGCUCGCGGCGAUGCUCUAGACGCUUGUUUGACUGACAUGCACGCAGGACUCCAUGGCGAUUUGGAGUCUGUGGCGCCCCAGGAUUGUUCUGCAGCUCUCCGCUGCCUGAGAUUUCGCGUGCUGGCUUCCGGCAUGUCUUCUCUGCACGCCUUACUCAGAUUGACGCAUCGAUCCUUACAAUUCCAAAUCUUUAGAGCGUUGGAACGUGUCCCCGAGAAUCUGGAGCUUCUCAGCCGAUGGCCAGUCUGCAUGCGUGAUGAGCUCUCGGCUGCCGUCCUGGAGCGCUAUCCAGAUGCGCCCACACUUGCAGGGCCCGAGGCACAGUGCCUUCUAGAAGGGCUUGCUACCUUUCUGCCUUGCAAUAUUGCCGCGGUGGAAUGUGUUCAUGCCAAAAACCGCGAGCAUACGCUGCUGCGAUCUCGCGGAUGGCUGCCCACCCUGGAAACCAUAUCUGCAAAACAUCUUUUCUCCUGGUCCAACCAUGCUCAGUGCCAGGAAAAGUUGCUGGGCAAAUCCGUCUUUGCACUGGGCGCUGCGGUCCUGGCGCGGGAAUACCAUUCCCUGACAGAUGCUGCAGCUCGGCUCUACACUCCAGACCCAAGCCGUAAGCGUAGCCGAUGCUGCCACCUCGUUUGCUCCACCGAGGAACUGCUACGGUACAAGCGCGCUGGAGAGGCAGCAACCGAAGCUUGUCGGCAGAACUUGCCUGGCUUUGGCGAGAGAGCGCAGCGUACACACCAGAGGCGGCUGCCGCCCCCUCCGGGCUCUCUUACCGCAUCCGGCGCCAUGGUUGCUCUAGACGACCAAGAACGAAUUGCCUUGUAUGGUGGAGUGCCGUUCCUGGAGAAGUACAACCGCUUCAAGCAGCAGAUGGUGGUCCGCCAUGCGGGUGACGCAGACCAGGCUUUGUCCAAGCAGGGGCUUGCUGAGCUCAAGGACUUUGCAGAGGGCACCGGCAAGGACACGGCUUUGAUGCAAGACUUCGCUGUGUCUGUGCCUGUUGCACCCAGCUUUGUCCAGAGGCAAGCAGUUCGAGCGCCGGGUCUGCUAGGGCUUCAUUGGCAACCGCCCAUAGCUGCAAUGGUUCAGGCAGUCGUUGGCAGACAGAACGAGCACACCAAGCGGGCCUUCAAGGUAACAUCCUACCUGAUGCAGUCUCUGAAAGACCGUUGCAAAGUCUACCAUCAUGAUCAGCAGAAAGCCAUCCAGCCAGCUAGGGCCAGGCAAUUUGUGGUGCAGCGUUGCCAGCAGCUUGGCGUGUGCGUCUGCGGUGAGAAUGCCUCCAUUGGGACACUAUGCACGCGCAUGAAAGAGUACUUGCGAGCGACGUUCAACUUCCUGCCAGGUUUGGUAGCUGGGAAGCGAGUGGCCUCCAAGGUGCGUGAGAAACUCAAGGAGCGCAUGGUGGUGCUGCAUUGGCAAUGCAUUGAUGCCGAUGCAGCAGAUGAGAGCUACCGGAGACCGUCAGAUGUGCAGGCUUCCGACCUAUUCUGGCAUCUGGGCCAUGUCAACCUCACCAGCAUGCAUGUUGCCGGGCUGCUGAUGCAGCCGUGGCAGGGAGGGCGGCAGGAGGUCUUGCAGCUCGUGCCUGCCGAGCCGCCCGCUCGGGGCGCCGACGAUGCGGUUGCCUUCUCUCAGGGUUUGCGUACGGAUGCAGAGUUUGUUGCUCACCAUCUGGACCUGCGGAAACACUGGAUCAUUCAUGUCUGCUUCAUUUCCUUGAGCGAGCAGCACUGGACCGUGGAAGACAUGACUCCUGUUCCAGUGAUUUGGUCCGAAGAUGUGCAACCUUUCCAAAUCUGGGGGAGAAAUGACACAGACCCGGAGCCUGUGCAACCAGCAUCGAAGAGGCGCCGGGGCCAGCAUGCAUCCGCGUCUUCAGGCACUGACCCUGCUGCAGGAGAUGGGGCAGCACCUACGUUGGAGCAGCUGUUGGGCAACAUGCUGACCAAGCGACCAUCGGCAAAGGAAGCGUCUGCAGCAGCAGAUGCCCCGGAUCCCUAUUUGGACCGUGACACGGAGAGUCAGCCUGAGCUUUUGGCUGAGGACGAAGAUGACAUUCCAGCUGCAGGGGACGUGUCCGAUGCCGCAGCAGGAUCUCCUAAUCAUUGCUCUUCCGUUGAGGAGGAUGAAGCGCAGGAGGAGCCGGAGCAGGAAGUGGGGCAGCAUGCCAACGCGCCUGCGGCUGGCUCCGAGGACGUUCCCACGCGUGGUCACCCUGCACCGCGUGACACGACGAGCACUGUUGUGUUUGAAACGCAACAUGGCACUCUGCGGUAUUACCCGCAGCACGCGUAUGUGACCGCAUUCUGCAGCCACCACCUGGACUGCCGCCGUUCACGCACUGUCAAGGCGAGGGCCGCUGCAAGGACACCUGCGCAGCGAGGACAAGGGCGUUGUCUAGGCGCACUGUGUGCCUGGUUGCAGAAGCACGCUCAGUACGCCGACCAGAAUGAGCAUGUGCACCAUUGCUUUCCGACAGCAGAAGAGCGGUGCGCAGCGAGGGAUCAGCUAUAUGCUGAGUCUGGUGGAAAAGAGUUCGCAAGCAAUUGCGAGAGGGAGCGCCGCGAAGGCGAGGACGAAGAGCCAGCUGUGUUCCGAUGA